CUCUCUCGUUGAAUAGAAAAGAAAAGAAAAAAAAAGACACAGUUUUGUUCUGUCUCUCUCUCUCUCUGCGAUGAUCUCUUCGGUUUUGAUCUUCAGAUUUGUUUAACUUCGGUCUCUGCUGCGUUGACUCAAUUUUCUUAUAAGAGAGGAGAGGAUAUAUAUAUAUAUAUAUAUAAAAAGAGAGAGAACAGGCUCGGGAUCUUUCUCGGCAAUGCGACGCUGGUUCGCCGCGAAGUCCCUCUCCAUAGAGGAAACCUCGUUUUCGCUAUUCUCUUCUUCUUCGGCGACGCGUUUCCUCAAGUCUCUUCUUCCUCUGCUUUCAGAUCCAAGACAUGUCCGCUAAUUCUCAUCCUCCUAAUUCCAAAAACGUCCUCUGUAAUGCAGCCGCCGGUGCCGCCGCUGGGGUUUUUGCGGCUACGUUUGUUUGUCCUCUUGAUGUUAUAAAAACGAGGUUUCAAGUUCAUGGCCUUCCCAAGCUCGGCGAUGCAAAUAUCAAAGGUAGUCUAAUUGUUGGCAGUCUUGAGCAGAUCUUUAAGAAAGAAGGCAUGCGUGGCUUAUACCGGGGACUUUCCCCAACUGUGAUGGCUCUUCUCUCCAAUUGGGCCACUUACUUUUUGCAGAUUUAUUUCACAAUGUAUGACCAGCUCAAGAGCUUUCUUUGUUCAAAAGAUGUGGAUCGCAAACUCAGCGUUGGUGCUAACGUAUUGGCUGCUUCUGGUGCUGGAGCUGCUACUACCAUUGCCACAAAUCCUCUUUGGGUUGUCAAGACUAGACUUCAGACACAAGGAAUGAGAGCGGGAGUUGUGCCAUACAAAAGUACGCUUUCUGCUCUAAGGAGAAUAGCUUACGAAGAGGGGAUUCGAGGAUUGUACAGUGGUCUUGUGCCUGCACUAGCUGGUAUCAGUCAUGUUGCCAUUCAGUUUCCUACGUAUGAGAUGAUCAAAGUCUACUUGGCCAAGAAAGGUGAUAAAUCAGUUGAUAAUCUCAAUGCUCGUGAUGUAGCAGUUGCCUCUUCGAUUGCCAAAAUAUUUGCUUCCACAUUAACCUACCCACACGAGGUUGUAAGAGCUAGGCUUCAAGAGCAAGGGCACCACAGUGAGAAACGUUACUCAGGUGUAAGAGACUGCAUCAAGAAAGUGUUUGAGAAAGAUGGGUUUCCCGGUUUUUACAGAGGCUGUGCCACUAACCUCCUGAGAACAACUCCUGCAGCAGUAAUCACUUUCACUAGUUUCGAAAUGGUGCAUCGUUUCCUUGUCACCCAUAUACCUUCGGAGCAAAGCUCUAUUCUUUAAAUCUAAACUAGUACAUUUGUUUCUGAUGAUGACGACGACCAAAGGUUAUUAUUUUUUACACAAGUUAAAAAAAAAAAAGGUUUCCCCCUUUUGGGGAAUAGAUCGAAAAUAGGAGUUCGUUUAAGGUACUUAUGUCUCUGUUGAAGAAAACAUAAUCUUGAAGAAGAAUGGAUUGAAGUGCAUAUUAGAAACUUGAGAGACCCACAGAGAAUAUUAGUAUAAUGUAAGACUGAUUCUUUUCA